AGGAGGGAGUCAGUCGCAUGCUCUUGUUUUCGGCGGCCGCGCGUGUGCUGCAGGGUAUGACCAUUAAGACCUUGAUCGAGAAAUAAGAAAGUGCUUGAGGAUAUGCGCCGUCUGUGCUUGACACAUCAAAGUUUCUGAAGGAAUACAGGUGCAGUUCGGUUCUCUCUGACGUAUAUACUGGCGAGUGAAACAGAAAAGAAAGAAAGAAUAUAUAUAUUUAACACACAACAGAGCUGACUCAUGCAUAUUUACGGCCACGCCAGAAUGUAUGUUUAUUUAUAAUUGAAAUUGAAGAGCGCGUUCUUUGUUUCAACAGAGUGAUAUAUAAACAAACAAGAAAACACUAACAACAACAACAACAAAAGUUUAAAUACCUUUGCCGUCACCAACCCGACAAACGUUAGCCCUUUAACAAACGUUUCCCGACGCCAACGCAGCAUUUAAAGGGGUGAAAAAAAGAGAGAUCAAAACUUGGUCUCCGCUACAUACUCGCCUCUUUUAUCCACACUUUGCCGUGUGCAUGCGAGCUCUGCACCAUUGAUAGGAGAAAGAUUGUGCGUAUGUGUGUGUACUCACAGGUAAUUGUGCUCCCGCCACACACACGCACCACCUGUUAGUACCGUUACAAGUCACCAUGUUCCCCACGAAACAAGUGAAGAUCCUGGUGGGCAUUGGCUCCGUCUUGGUGUUGCUGUGUGCCAUCUUUAUCGGCGUUUUCCCUCUCAUCUUCAACUCCAUCGCUAGCAAGAUGCUGACCCUAUCGGAAGACAGCAAGACUCUCGAGGCAUUCCUGUCCCCGCCGGUGCCCAUUUAUAUGCAGUUCUGGUUCUUCAACGUGACAAACCCAGAUGCCAUUCGCUACCACGGGGCCAAGCCGGUUCUGCGGGAGGUUGGACCCUACACUUACGAGGAAAAACGACUGAAGUACGACCUUGUCUGGGACGACGACGAAGGAACAGUAACCUACCUGCAGAACAAGUCGUUUGUUUUUGUUCCUGAGAUGUCACCUGGUCUUUCUCUGGAGGACAGGGUGACGACACUCAAUGCCAUCAUGGUGGUCGCAGCCGACGCCAUGUCGCGCGGGGAUCCGAACCUCGUCUCGGGCGUCAUUUGGUCGGAAAUCGAACGCGGCUUCGAGCUCUUCGAAGUCCACACGAUCGACGAGCUGCUCUUCGCCGGCUUCGAAUUCCCGGAAUUUAACUUCGACUUCUCCCUCAUCCCCGGCUUGGAGAUGACCGAGGGCUUGAACGGAACGAUUUACGAGUUGCUGGAGAAGCUCGGGUUGGAUCCGCCCGAAUGGCUUGCCGAGAACAAGUUCGGGUUGUUCUAUGGGCGUAACAACACUAACGACGGCACAUACAAGGUCAAUACAGGUGCCAGAGGAAUGGACGAUUACCAGUACAUCGUGGAAUGGAAAGGUCAGACUGAACUUGAUUACUGGAAUGGAGAUCAAUAUUGCAACAUGAUCAACGGCACAGAUGGUUCUCAGUACCCGCCGGAAGUCACGAGGGAUACGGUGCUGAGGCUCUACACUUCGGAACUCUGCAGAUCCCUGUACCUGACCUACGAGAAGGACCGCAACCACUUCGGCAUCCACGUCUACCGCUUCAUCCCGCCCCGAGACAUGCUGGAGGACCCCCUCAUUAACCACGACAACCUCUGCUACUGUACUCCGGAUAUCGACCAUUGCCUGGGUGCCGGGAUGCUCAACAUGGCUCCCUGUGCUAUGGGCGCCCCAAUCGUGAUGUCGACGCCCCACUUCUACCAGGGAGACGAGGUCGAACUGGCGAAGCUCGUGGGACUCGACCCGAGGAAGGAGGAGCACGAGACUUUCUUGGACGUCGAGCCUAGGACGGGGGUAACCAUGAAGGCGGCCAAGAAAAUCCAGAUUAAUAUUCCUCUGAAGCCUUAUGGCCAGUUUCCCUCCUUCAAGAAUGUGCCUGAGGUCAUCUUCCCCAUCCUGUGGGUCAACGAGAGCGCCGUUGUCGACGAGGCGACGGCCCAGGAAGUGAGGAAAGGGGUCACUCUGCCAUUCGUCGUCGUGGACGCUGUGUGCGGCUCCCUCAUAGCCAUCGGGGUCGUGUUGAUAAUUGUCGGGGCCUUCAAAUUCUACAGAUUCAAGACGAAGAGCUCAGCCAGCAGUAAAAGUCACGUCCUGAAGGUGCUACGGCAGGCAUCUGUAGAGCAGCCUACAGGAGGACCGCUGGCCCGCCUUCUCAACCCUCUGGAGGUCAAAAAAGCGAAGAAAGGCGAGAGUCGAACUCCUCACCCGGUCAGCUCAGUCACCCUUAUAGGCCGGGGGGCGACGCGGGAAUAAGCUCACGGCUGCCUGACGUCGGGACACUUCCACAGGCAUCGGCUAGUGGAAGACGAGUGGAAUUAAGUGGAGUGAAAAACUCGCGAAGACAGGAGAAAUUAUAAGCGCCGACGGAACGCCAUUUCGCCGCAGAAAGCAGGCAGAAAGAGCGAUUGCCUAAGGCUUUAACGAGCUCUCAUGUGUAUAAAAAAGAACAAGAAAUGAAAACAGAAAAGAACCAAAAUAUAUAAUCAUCUCUCUAGCGGCCUAACUAACCACGUCAAACUGGUAGUGUUCACUGCGACGGAAAAUAUUAAUUUUGUAGAAAGUGCGGUAACGCCAAGAGACGGAGGCGUAGAAGAUGUAGUGAAAAAAAAAGAUACCGAACUGUGAUACAAGUCAAUGUGAAGAGAAACCUAUCUGCCUUAAUAUAGCUGGCCUUUUUCAAAUCUUCCUUUUCCUUUUGGGAUAUUCUUGCCAAGUCUAAAACCGUAGAGAAGAACGAGAAGAUGAAAACUA